AUGCCGCUCCUAAAAGUCCAAGGUCAUGACCUGUUCUACAGCCUGACGCCCGCCGAGGCGGACAGCACGCCGAAGAAUGUGACGAUUCUCUUCAUCCACGGGCUCGGCUCGUCACACUCGUACUACGCAUCCAUGACCCCUUCUCUCGCGCAACAGGGCUACGCGUGCUUGGCCUUUGACACGCCAGGGAGCGCUCUAUCCGCCCACCGGGGCGAGGACGUCGACGCCGAGACGAUUGCCGCCAUCGCCGGGGACCUCCUCUCGGCGCUCAAACUAGACUCGAAGCGAAUCGUCGCCGUCGGACACUCAAUGGGCGCCAUCGUCGUCAGCGAGCUUGCGCUACGCUUCGACCUUCUUGGCGCCGUCAUGAUCGGGCCCGUCAACCCGUCCGAUGCGCUCUUUGACGCCCGCAUAGAGAUGGUCCAGAGCGGGGGCAUGGAAGCCGUGGCCAAGUGGGUGCCCUCGGUGGCCACGGGGCCCAAGGCGACGGCGACGCACAAGGCCUUCAUCCGAGCACUGCUCCUCGCCCAGACGGCCGAGGGAUACAUGUCCUUGUGCCGCACGAUUGCGCGCGCACCUCGGCCGCGAUACGCCGACAUGGGCUGUCCGCUUCUCAUCGUCGCCGGAUCCCACGACAAGACGUGUCCCUUGUCCGGAUCCGAGGCCAUCCUCGCGAGCUGGGGCGUCGACGAGAAUCGAAAACGGCUCGUCGUGCUCGACGGCGUCGGUCACUGGCAUUGCGUCGAGGCGGCCGAGGAGGUGCUCGAGCAGGUGGCAGGAUUCGCGAACAAAGUCGCGGCCGAAGCCACGUGA